GUCCGGGCCAUCGGUGAGAUUCCCAACAACUUCAACAUCACCGGACUUGACUUUCCCCUCGUCGCGACGCCAUUGCCCCCGGCUCGAAUGCCCUGCAGCUAUUGAGUACAGAUCGCGACUCUCAGUACGAUAUCCUCGACCUCCUCCAGCUUCUUCCUCAUUGUGGUGGUGGGCUCUUUAGUAGUCCGACUCUUGGUUUCCCGGGCUUCCAAGCUGCAGAGCUCGCGCCUUUCUCGAACACCACUUUAUCUCCUCACCACUUCAGAGUCGAUCCCCAUUUCAACCUUAUUACCACACAAUAAAAGAUGGCCUCCAACUUCCCUUUGCGCCGACUUCCGGCCGCUUUUGCCCGUGGCCAGCCCCGGGUUAUCAGCAUCUCCAAGCGCCUGAACUCCACCUCCGCCGUCCAGUACCAAAACCCCGCCUAUCCCCUCUACCCAUCCGUCAGCACACUCCUCCACGAGAAGGGCAUCCCGGAGACCGAAAUCUCCAAGAUCCCCGCCACCGGUCCCAAGGGCCGUCUUCUGAAGGGCGACGUCCUCGCCUACCUCGGCCAGAUUCCCGCCGAGUACCCGUCGACCCAAGCCGCGCGCAUCGCCCAACUGGGCCACCUGGACCUGAGCAACAUCAAGAUCGCCGCCGCCGCACCUCCUGCUGAGCCCGUUCCCGCUGCGGCCGUCGAGGCCCCCGUCGUGUCGCGGCCCCCUCCCACCACGCGCGUCGCCGUCCCCAUCUCCCUGGCCGCCGUGCUGCAUGCCCAGCAGCGUCUCCAGAAGAAGCUGGAGAUUACCGUGCCGCUCUCGACCUUCCUGGAGCGCGCCACAGAGCUAGCCAACGAGGAUCUCCCGCGCUCCGUGCGGGAGAAGCUCUCCGCCGACGAGCUGUUCGACGAGGUAGUCCUCGGCGCCGAGCCCGCCCGCACCUCCCGUGGCCAGUACUUCCCCGAGUUCAACGUCGAGGAGGAGCAGGAGGUGGUUGCUGCCCCGGUGAAGUCCGUCAAGGAGGAUAUCAUUGACUUCCUGGCCGGGGGCAAGGCCGCCGCCAAGAAGGUCGUUUCCUCCGUCGCGCCGGCUUCGCCGGCGGUCGGUGGCGCCGCCGCUGGGGGCGCCGACAAUGUCUUCAGCUUGACGGUCCCCGUUGGUGAUGAGAAGCGCGCUCAGGUCUUCUUGGACCGCGUCAAGUCGCUGUUGACGGUGGAGCCGGGUCGGCUUGUUCUAUAGAUGAUUCCUUUUUUUUUUUCUUUUUCUCUUUUUUCAACUCUUCUCUCCUGAAGCCCUUUUUUUCUGUUUCCCUCUUUGUUCUCCUAACCUCGUGCAUGCCUUGUUUUGGAAUCAUGUUUUUCUAAACUCCCUCUGUAGGUACUGAUGAGAGUCACUGUUGGGAAGACCUGCUUUCGAAAUUUUGUCACCCCACACAGCUAAUGCUCGUCAAGUAUAGCAUACACACACCACGUUCACAAACUCUUACGGGUAAUGGAAUAAACCUCGGUGCAUUUAAUGUACUGACUGGUAGUGAGCUGGAAUUACCAUCAUAGAAAUAUAACUAUCUCUUCAAAAG